UCUCUCUCUCUCGACGCCGAGACCUGUGCUAUUGCCGCGCCGCUCGCGACUAAUCAGUUCGCCUCGAACGAGCGAGUAGCGCGGACCGGUCUUAUUUUCAUCUCGCCACGAGCGAUUCGAGUGCUGUUUAUAUUUUGAUGACGGCGGACUUCGAGUGACGGCGCCGAUCUGGAUUCUCCGGACUCAUGUGUGAGAUAACAGUGCAGUGACGUCGUUCGCACAGAGGAAUUGCCUCACGCGUGAGAGAACGGCGGGGGGCGCAGAGGAGGGGGCGGCGUUUGGAUUAUAACGACGUUGCAACGACACACACGGAGAGAGUGCAUCCGCGUAUGCUGUAUCGUUCUGCGUAGUAGUAGCUGCGAGCGCUGCGGAUAUCGCGCAUAGACAGUUCUCAAGAUGUUGCUCGAGCAGGUGCCGUGUAGCUUCGUCAAGGACAAUAGUUACAGUCAUUGCCCGCUGAAGAAGCGGCCGGUGCACUUUUUAACGUCCAAGGAGGAGCCAGCAGCGAUCGAAGAAGAGAUGGUGGAGGUCGUGGACGACAUCCCCGAGCCGGAGAACCUCAGCACCAAGCCCGAGGAUCUCAGCAAAAGCGCGGAUCGACACUACCAGCAUUAUCACAAACCCCAGCAGCCGGCGCAGCAGCCAGCACAAGCGCAAGCGCAAGCGCAAGCACAAGCGCAACAAGCACCACCAUCACCAGCAGCAGCAGCAGCAGCAGCAGCAGCAGCACCACGGCAGGAAGCGGAGCAACGCGCGUCAAGAACACCGUCCCCGUUCGUGAAGGAGCCGCCGCUGUCUCCACCGCCGUCAGUGACGCACCCACCCUCGCCGAUCAACUCGAUAUGCCACGUGCAGCAUCCACCGCACAACUACCACCAAGGUUACCAUCACCCCUACCCGGCCAAGGCCAUGACGCCGCCGCCGGGGAUCGCGCCGAUCCACCCGAAGAAGGCGCGAAUCGAAGUGAUCCAACAUAACUCGUCGACGACAACGACGCCGGCGGCGGCGGCGGCGGCGGCGGCCGUGACGGCGACGUCGGCGCCGCUGCACUUCAUGGCGAGCAAGGCGCCGCUGGAGCCGCUGAAUCUCAACACCCCGGUGGAGCCGUUGGCCCACUACCCCGCGCCGGUCUGGGUCCGCGCGACUCCGCUGUACCCGCCGCAUUACCAUCUGCCGUACUCGCCGUCUCCUUACCGCUACCACCAUCCGGGUGCGGAACUGUACCCGUCGUACCCGGUGGCCGCGUACCCGCACUCCCCGCCGGAGUCGCACCCGUCGGUCUCGCCGCCUCCUCACAGCGCGUUAACCUGCUCGACGAUCCAACGGCCCAUCGCCAGGAGCUACUCGCAUUGGGCCAGCCCGGACCACUGCGGCCUGUCGCCCACGAGUUCCGUGGGCUCGGGUUCCCUGCGGUCGCCGCCACCCGUCACACCCGAGGAUCUCUCGUCACCCGGCAGCGACAGCGGCAGGUCGUCCGCCGGCAGCACCACCGCCGGCUCCGCGCUCGUCGACAGCAAGAUCGAGAAGAGCAGCCCGAGCGACGCGGCGACCGCGCCGCCGAGCUCGACGUCGCCGAGGUACCAGUGCCCGGACUGCGGCAAGUCGUACUCCACGUUCUCCGGCUUGACCAAGCACCGGCAGUUCCACUGCGCGGCCGCCCAGGGCCAGCCGAAGAAGUCCUUCUCGUGCAAGUCCUGCAACAAGGUCUACGUCAGCCUGGGCGCGCUCAAGAUGCACAUCAGGACGCACACGUUGCCGUGCAAGUGCACCAUGUGCGGUAAGGCCUUCUCCAGGCCGUGGCUGCUCCAGGGCCACAUCCGCACGCACACCGGCGAGAAGCCGUUCAGCUGUCAGCACUGCAACCGCGCGUUUGCCGACAGGAGUAAUCUCAGGGCCCAUCUGCAGACUCACAGCGACGUGAAGAAGUACUCCUGCGACUCGUGCAGCAAGACCUUCAGCAGGAUGUCGCUGUUGACGAAGCACCAAGAGGGCGGCUGCCCCGGCGCGCCGGUGCCGAUCGGGUACGCUUGUUGAAGUCACUCGCACUUGUGUGUGUGUGUGUGAUCCGCGCGCGUACGUGUGUCCUCCUCUGCAUCUUGCUUCUUGUCCGGUCCGCGUUCUCAAAGUGCCUUACGCAGUACAAACGGCGGGACGCAGUGAAGCCCGUCGACACCAAGUGCAGUCCUGGACACGAUCAGGUCAAGGGACUCGUCGUCCUCUCGCGAGCAACCGAUUCUCUCGUCACACUUGAUUCCCAUUCUUCGUGUUCUUUCGCGGAAGUAGAAAUUUCCUUUUCCAGGUGGAAUCCUUUUAUUUAUGCACUUCUGCCGAGUUUUUAUUUUGCCGCCGCCGCCGCCGUCAUCGUCGUCGUCGUCGUCGUUUUUUAUGUUUCCUUUGCCCCUCCCCCCCUCCCACCCAUUUUUUUAUUUAGAAAAGAUACUUCGCGUUUCGCCGUAUCGAUGAUAUUCACGAGGGGCGGCUUCCGCGAGGAAUCCCGCGAUCUCUCGUCGGUUGCCGUUCGUCAUCGUGUCUCCUCGUUCGCUGUAAAUAGGCGGCGUGCAUGGACGCGCCGACAAGUGUGUUUCGAUUCCUUUUUCUUUCGGGGAGAGAUUGAUGAUCGACGCCGCGCUCGGAAUAUACGCGCGGAGAAUUUACGUCGGGAUUAGAGUUACCGCUUUUGCUCAGCGGUCCCGUGAAACUUGUUGUGCCAUUAACCGUUUCCUUUUCCUUUCGUUUCAUCUGUUCGAAUGCACGCGAGCACAUCAGACGCGAUCGCGAGGGACCCAGUGAGAUAGCGACACGAUUUGCGCACGUUUUCCUACAAUUUUAUAUCGUUUUCUUCUCUUUUUUCCCCCCCCC